CUGUUAGCCAGCCCCCGGACAUAAAAUAAAGGUCCGCGGGCGAUAAAAACAAAUACUCAAGGUAAUCUAGAGUGAGCGCAAGUAAUUCUGGUGCAGUCAAGCUAUCUACUUUGAAUUGUUACAAUGGACGGUGAUCGGAGAAGACAGCAGCAGGAAGGAAAUAAUGGCAACAAUGCUGCUAGUUGGGCAGCUGGGGCAGCUGGAAUCGCUGCCGCUGCAGCUCUGGUAGGCGGAGGAUUGUGGUACCUGAGGAGAAAUAAGGAAGAGUCUACAAGAGAAAGCAGUCCGAGCUCAAGUUCAUAUUCGGAUUCGGAUAGCCCUACCUCUAACUCUGACCCAGCUCCUAGCGAAAAUGGUAGUACAUGUUUAUCAUACUUAACUGGACUGUUGAACAGAGUGAACAUGGAAGAUAAUUACAAUGGAUACAUCCCUGAGAGCAAAGGCCUAAAUCAAAUACCUGAUACAGCAGUGAUUACAAACCUCAAUUCCUUGCUAGCUGAUAUCCAUGUACGGUACAUUGCAUUUGGCCGUAAUGACUUCAGGUUGCAUUACAGCAUAUUUGAUAAAGUAUUUCAUCACCUACAUCAAACCAUGAAGAAAGUAGAUCCAUACUACCAGAGAUAUUCGAGCACUGUGUCAUUUGCCGGAAGUCACUACGAUAACUUGCGUAUUAAGAAACCCGACGAGUUCGACAUGGAUAUCGUGAUAGGGCUGCCUCUUAACAUUUCGGACAAUCCUUAUAACCCAUCCGACAGCGACAUCAAGUUUGAGCCGCAGGGCGCCGGCUUCGUAGAGCUUAAAAUGGGCGUGCAGUACAAAAACCUACCAAUGAGAGACGGCAAUGACUGGCUGAUCAACAAAACCGCAUACAAAUGGAAAGACGAUGACGACUAUCUUACUCGAUCGAAGUUCAUCGAUUGGUUCAAGAGUGUCGUUGUGAAGGCGUUGAAUCAGUAUCAGAGAAGCAGCAGAGGGCAUGCUGUCCAUUCAGUGGAUGGAUUGCCGUACACAAUCAGGUUGACUGAAUCAGGUCCAGCGAUAACUCUGAUAAUAGAGAAUUCGAUUAGUGGUUUUAAAAUGGACGUCGAUCUCGUGCCGGCUCUGAGGUUCCCGGAGGCCCGAUGGCCGAUAGACGGCGAGUACCGUGAGAUCGCGCCUCACUGCAAAAGAGACUACUGGUUGGUAGUGCCUAAACCCAACAAGGAGACCAGCAGGGAGGGCAUGCAGCGCUCGUGGCGCAUUGCACUGCAUUACCAGGAGAGGGAGCUUAUGCACGACAGCUAUAAUUUGCGACAGACUAUUAGAUUCCUGAAGAAACUUCGGGAUUCGCAAGGAAUGAACAAAAUCGCCAGCUACUACAUCAAGACAUUGGUGCUUUGGGAGGUGGUGCGGCAGAGUGACUCUCUAUUUUGGAGGAAGAGUCCAGGCGAACUGUUUGUAAUCAUGGUGGACAGGUUGCACACAGCUGUGGUGCAGGGAAAGAUACCUUACUUCUGGAAUCCUAAUAACAAUUUGCUCGCGGGAGUGCGCAGGACCGUAUUGGACGUAUACGCUGCCAUAUUGAAGAACCUCCUCGAUGUAUUGGCGGAACCCAGUAACUACAAAAGAGUAGCCAAGUUCUUGCUCACUCCAGAUGAAUUUGAUGAAUACAAUAGAAAGUUUCUGCAUAUCUAAAAUGCUUAUUUUUAAAGAAUUUAAUAGUGCUAUGUAUUUUUAGUGGAGAUAAUAUUGAUAGUUUUAUGUUAAAUGCAUU